GGAAGUGGGGGUGGGGGUGGAGUAGAGGCGAGAAGGAAGAGAGCCUUGAAAAGGCCCGCGACGGACAGACAGGCAAGGCUUGUUAUACAAGUCAGGCUGUAGAAUGGCCGUGACGCGCCUGCGCAUUCGCGGGUGAAAUCAUUUCGCACGGGAAGCGCGUGCGUGGUGUUUGCUGCGAGGUUUGAGCGGUUCGCUGAGAAUGUGAAUUAAAAUGAGCAAACGGAAGUUGAAGGAAGAUAGCUUUACAAGUGGGGAAUGCAUUUCAAAGGUACAAAAAAUAUUACGUGAAAGAUUCUGUCACCUGAAUCCAAAUGGAAAGUUAUUUGGACUUGAGCAUCAAUAUAAACAGUUACUUGAGCUGAUAAAACAUACAGCCGUUAAUGGUGAAAGUAAUUCUGUACUUAUUAUUGGACCUCGAGGGUCAGGAAAGUCUCUGUUAGUUUGUCACGUCUUAAAGAAACUUUUGGAAAUAAAGGAGGUAAAAGAGAACAUCUUGCAGGUACAUUUAAAUGGUUUAUUACAGACCAAUGGUAGAAUUGCUUUGAAAGAGAUUACAAGACAGCUAAAUUUGGAGAAUGUGGUUGGAGAUAAAGUUUUUGGUAGUUUCGCAGAAAAUCUUGCAUUUCUUCUGGAAGCAUUAAAGAAAGGAGAUCGGGAUCAUAGUUGCCCUGUUUUGUUCAUUCUAGAUGAGUUUGACUUGUUUGUCCAUCAUAAGAACCAAACGUUACUAUAUAACCUUUUUGAUAUAUCACAAUCUGCACAGACGCCUAUAGCUGUUAUUGGUCUGACUUGUAGGCUGGAUAUUCUAGAACUCAUGGAGAAAAGAGUGAAGUCAAGAUUUUCCCACCGACAAAUAUACUUAAUGAAUUCCUUUGAUUUUAAAACAUAUUUGAAUAUUUGUAAAGAUCAAUUAUCUCUUCCUCCAGAAUUUCCAGAAAAGACCUUUAUCAAAAAGUGGAAUAAACACAUAGAGUCUCUUCUAGAAGACAUAAAAGUUCAAGAUGUUCUACAAAAUCAAUUUUAUUAUAAUAAAGACCUGCGGUGUCUGUUCAUGUUGCUGAUGCUUGCUUCGAAUAAUAUAACCGUGUCCCACCCUUACAUUCGCGUCUCUGACUUCCUGGAAGCCAAUAAACUCUGUAGGAUGGACACAAAAUCAAAUAUUGUGCAUGGUCUGUCUGUGCUGGAAUUGUGUCUCAUAAUAGCUAUGAAGCAUUUAAAUGAUACUUAUGAAGGAGAACCAUUUAAUUUUCAGAUGGUUUAUCAUGAGUAUCAGAAGUUUGUUCAGAGGAAAGCCCAUACUGUGUACAAUUUUGAGAAGCCUGUUGUCAUGAAGGCCUUUGAACGCUUGCAGCAUCUUGAAUUGAUAAAACCCGUAGAAGGUCCAUCUAAUUCUGUACAAAAAGAAUAUUUGCUAAUGAAACUGCUCCUGGACAACAGCCAAGUUAUGGAAGCUUUGCAGGUGUAUCCAAACUGUCCAACGGAUGUCAAACAAUGGGCUACAACUUCAGUCCAUUGAUAAUAUAUUUCAUAAAUUUGAGUUGCAUUGAAGUUAACCAGUCUUCAAAACCAGUGAUAUCAUUUGAAAAAAAACAUCCUGCAAUUAUAGGCAUUGGUCUUCAGCUGUUAUGGGACUGGCUUAAAUAAUUGGAGGGACGGGGUUCUCUUCAUUUUAAGUAAAGGAAAAUUUUCCAAGAAGUAUAUUAUUUGGACCUAGAUUAGAAAUUACCAUAUUAAAAUGUUCUCAUGUAUCAAAUGAAAGUAAUCUUCAUUUUAGUUUGUUUUAAUUUUUUCUGAACACUAGUAUCUAUUGCUCAGAAUGUUUAAAAAGAAACUUCUUAGGCAAAUAAAAUUGUCGCUAAAGUAUCUGAAAACUCGUGUGUUUUGUUAUAGUUCGGUAGAGAAGUAAGAUUUUUUUCCAGAGAGUUGAACUGACUCAACAUCAUUUUGUGAAUGUAUUAGUAGUUAUUCAAGACACAGGAACUACUGUCUUAAUCUUAAAAUACCAUUCCAAUAAAAAAAAUGAUUUUGAUUUUUGAAUAU